UGAAAAAGGGUACUUACUACAUAAGCUGUGUCUUGGAUCUUGACCAGCUAAACUCAACUCAGGUUUAGGCAAAGAACAGAUGAAGACGAGAUCAUCAUCCUCGGCUGCCCUGGUUCCUUUUGUCAAGUCUCCGGCGGGUCAAAGCCGCGAAGCUCUGCUGCAGAUCGUGGACCCCACUUCGUCUAGCCGAAAACUUUUGCCGGGGUGGACCAUUGUGAAACGGCCGCGAUCGUCAUCUACUAGCCGCAAAGGCAGUGUCGAUACUUACUUUAUCGAGCCAGGGACUGGUAGAGAGUUUCCGUCUCUAGAAUCUGUUCAGAGAUACUUGGUUGGAGAAGUACAUGAUAGACGCUUAACUCGAACAGGACAGUUCUUCAAUGAAAGGACAAGGCUUUAUGAAGAAUCCAGAACCAAACAGGAUCGUCGCAGGUCAGAAUAUGCCUCCAAGGGUUUCCGUUUGCCUAAAGGAUGGCUUGUUGAGGAGUUUCCUAGGUUGAACUCCUAUCAUAUUGAUAAGUUUUAUGUUGAGCGAAAAACAGGAUACCGGUUCCGUUCCCUUGUUUCCGUUGAGAGAUACUUGAAAGAUCCCGGGAAGCGUGCAGAUAAGAAGCCUAUGCUUAUAGAGUAUCACCGUCCCCGUUCCAAAGGUUUCAGUUUACCUGAUGGAUGGAUCGUUGAGGGGAAACCGCGGAGUAAUUCCAGUCAUAUAGACAAGACUUACAUUGAGCCAGGAACAGGGAAUAAAUUUCGUUCUCUGGCUGCUGUUGAGAGAUACUUGAACGGUACAGAUGACUCGGUUAAUUCCAUGGUGCCUUCCGGGCGGCUUUUGACCGUUGUCGUUGACGAAAAUCCACCGGAGAAAGUUAAAUGGGUACUGAACGGUCCAGGUGGAAACAUGUUUAGUGCGCAUGUGAGCGGCUCGGUCGUGUCUAGCUCUGUCAAACAGACAUGGUCUGAGGCUUUUGUCUCAUUGAUCCAAGACCGCUUUUAACCAAAAUCUGGGUCCUUGGUUUGGCGUUUUUUGUUGUCGGUUUUAUCACUUUUGGUUUACUGUUUAACAAGAUAUCCCGGUCGGUAAUCUCUCCAGUCCAAGAAGUUCAUAUUUCGGUCUAGUUUAUAAUCGACCUUAAUAACCGGUUUUCCAGAUUUUCCCUGUCCAUAGUCGGUGUGAACCGAAUUUUGCUAUAUCGGGUAGGUAUGUUAGU